AAUGUCUGGAGUGUUUAAUCAAAUAACGCUUAAUUUUUUUAUUUUAUGCAUGGCAACAACCAGGAUCUUUAUAAUGCCAUGCAUUGACUGUCAACACUUUUGCACAAAAGAAUAUUUAUUAAAUAAAAUAAAAGUUCAAAUCUCACGUUGUUUUUGAAUUAUUUCGAUUACGGAAUUAGAAGUUACAGCCAAUCAUUUUAAAGAAACAUCGAGCCUAUAAAUGUUUGCUAGCACUUGAAAUUCUAUUCACUUAUAAAAGAGUAGAAGACCUAAACACUAACUGCUUUGCUUUGAAAAGAUACUUUCAAAUAUUUUUAUAAAAUGUCUAUCAUUACCGGAAACCUUAAGUCGUUACUUACAAUUAAGUUCAAACCAAGACAUGAUACGUUUACAGAUCAAUUUAAUCGUAUUUUUAUGGUGAAAAUGGCUAUGGUCGCAUCAUUUUUACUUGGUUUAAAUUGGUUUAAAGAUACAAUUACAUGUAUUGUUCCUGCAUCAGCUGGAAUAGAUAAAGGUUAUGUUGCUCAGGGUUGUUGGAUCCAAGGUUUUUAUAUUUACAAAGAGCUUAAACGAGUUCCUGGUCUUCUUGGCUAUUACGGUGUACCAAAAGAUAUAUAUCAAGACGGAAUGUUUGAGGAUGGUACUCUUUGCAAAACUAGCGAAAAAAACUGCAUUCCAAUGACAAAAACAUUUUAUUUACAGUACCAAUGGUUUCCUUUUUAUAUUGCUAGUCUCGGUUUGCUUUACUAUUUUCCGUACAUUGUUUUCCGUUUCGUAAAUACCGACUUGAUCAGUUUGAGAACUAGUAUUAAAGCCAUAGACGUAAACAUCGAUGAUUUAGUGAAAAACUACUUUAAUUACCAGAUAAACCCACCAAACAGAAUGCGCAUGCGUCUCUUUGGAAAUUUGGGAGUAAAGUUAAGUUAUCUCAUUGUAAACGUUGUUGCAUUUACGGUCACUGAUGGUCUUAUUAACAAUGACUUUGGAAGCUAUGGUUUUAAGUGGUUGGGUUGGAGCAAAGGAACUAACCAAGAAUCUUAUGAUUACACUGCCAGCCGAGGCUCCUAUAAAGCCGGAGAGGUUCUACUGCCAAACUUUGGUUUCUGUGACUUACUUGAAAUAAGUCAAGACAUUAAACAGACAACAUUCAACAACCAUCGAUUUGUGUGCGAAAUAUCUCAGAAUAUUCUUUACCAGUAUGUUCUCGUCAUUUUAUGGUUCUUGUAUAUAAUAGGGAUGAUUAUAAGUUCAAUAGGUUUUAUUUGGAAGCUAGUUAAUCAUUUCAUUGUAGUAGGCUUCCUUUAUCAGGGAUCUGAAGCAAAAAAAGUAUAUGAAAUGCUAACUUUUCGCGAACGCGAAUAUUUAGAAUUCGUUAGAAAAAAAAAUAUGACUGUUUAUGGAGAAUUAAUUCGUAAGCUCAAAGAUGAUCGUUUGCGUGACGUUGCAAGUUUAAAGCUUCUUGAAGAUUCAACUGUUUUUUGAUUUAUUUUUAUCAUUAAAUUUUGAAUAUUAGUGAUUUUAUAAGAAUUCAAAUAAAAUUAAAAAAUAUAUAUAUAUAUUCUCAA